AUGCUGAUCAACGGCGAGAAGUAUGCUUGUGAAGCAUGUGUCAGAGGCCAUCGAGUGUCUUCAUGCUCUCAUAGUGAGCGUAAACUACUUCAUGUGAACAAGAAAGGCCGACCUGUGUCGCAAUGUCCUCACUGUCGAAGUUUACGAAAGAAUCGAUCGCAACACGUCAAGUGCGAAUGUCAAGACAAAUCGCACGCAAAGGAGGAUUGUCCACACUUGAAAGACCUGCAACAGGACGGACAAGGUGACUCUCCUCCAAAACCUUACCUCGAUACUGUGCCUGAAGACCUCCCCUCCCUAUUGCAGCAGCAGCAGAAAGAGAACAGGAAAUCUACGGGACCUAAUGUCAAUCAGCAUGAUAGCAGACCUACAAUAUUCACCAAUGGUCAUCACAAGCCUGUGCAUAAGUUCAACGACGCUCACAAUCAUUGUGGUGCUCCUUACAGGAUACCGUCUAGAUCACACAGCCAUCACGGUCCUAGCCAUAGGGAACUAGCUCAAAGGUCUACAGACAGUCUACCAUCAAUGAACCGCGCCCUUGUCCACCAUGAGUCUCCUCUGCACAACGUUCUGAAUGCGUCCCAUGCACAACGCCAGGCUCGAUCUGAACACAAUUCACCACUACUUGCGCCUACAAGCAAUCCUAGUAUACCGUUUCAAGUCGAAAUCCCGCCAUUAGAUCCGAACGCCUAUUCGUACUCACCAUUCGAUGCGCAAAGUCCUAGUGUUGGGCCUGCGCCGCAGUUCCCAGAAAACAUUCCCGAGGACUGGUUCACAACGCACGACGAUGCUCAUAAUUAUGGUCCACCAGCUGUACCUGAACUAGCAUACAUCGACUGGUCAAAAUACGGGUUUGGCGGCACGCCACAGAUGAACAGUCCAGGAAACAUGAAGAACCUAUAUGGUGAUGUUGCUAACAGCCAGGUUCCAUCGUAUGCUACAUCCAUGGAACAUUUGAACCAGUUGACUGGUUCGGGGUUCAACACACCUUCAGCCGAUGUUUCCGAAGUCGACGAUCUGCCUACUAACCUUCGGCCGACCGCUUUUCGCACCAUCAGUCAUGCUUCCAAUGAUAUGAGUAGCACUGGAGCCACAGAAGACGACAUCAGCCAUCGCUACAGCAAUUCUUCGAGCUACUAUGGCACACCAGCUGGGAAUGCACUUGCCAAUGGCAUGGGAGACCUCGAUAUUGACAAAUUUAUCGCUGAGACUUCCCGACAAAACAGGUCGCCGCAGCAGGUGAACCAGUACGCUAUUCCCCCUUCCACGUCAUUGACGCCCGAGAUUCAGCAACAACAAUUCUUCCAGCCUCCAUAUCCUCAACAGCAACGGCAACAUCCUGUCCAACAGCCUUCACCUCCACGUUCACAGCAUCAAUUGUCGACACCACCGGAAUCGAUACUAGGGUUCUCGAUCACAUCUCAUCCUUCGCCGCCAGAGUCAACAGAUCUCACAGCUCCGUACUCAAUACGAGAAGCCCAGGCUCAGGCUCAUGCUCGCAGCAUGCCGAAGCCGAAUCUGCCGACAGAGUUGCCGAGGACGUUAUCGAAUCCUGAUACAUUCGAAGAUCCAAUGUGGUGUGCACCUGACGUCGAUCUUUAUGGUGUUGCUAGAGGUUUCAAUCUGGACGAUGAGAGGGAAGAUGAACAGUGGGCAAAAUAG